GAAAUUACAAAACAUUUAAAAAAUAAAUAAAGAAGUAGUUGACAGAAGAAGAAGAAACCUCAACAAGAAACAAACAACCUAUCAAAAAGGCAACACGUCACCCCCUCAAAGAAAAUGCUCAAAAACUUGGCCUUGGCAACCCCCACCGCCUCCUCCACCCCAUUUCUGCUUAUCUCCACCACCGGAGCCGUUUCUCUCUCCAAAACACUCCUUCCCUCUCUCUCUAACUUCCGCCCAAAACCCAUUUCUUCCUUCCCCCAAACCCACCGACCCUUUUCUCUCCGCACUUCUUCCAUCACCAUGAACCUGCUCAACAAGCUCGGCUUUGUCUCCAAAUCCCCCGAAUAUUCCUCCGAGUCAUCGUCCAUCGCCCAGGGCCCCGACGACGACGUUCCUGCACCAGGCCAAGAGUUCGCCCAGUUCGGCGCUGGCUGUUUCUGGGGAGUCGAGCUGGCUUUCCAGCGAGUGCCCGGCGUUACCAAGACCGAGGUGGGUUAUAGCCAGGGCUUGCUCCACAAUCCCACUUAUGAGGAUAUCUGUACUGGCACAACAAACCAUUCGGAGGUCGUUAGGGUUCAGUACGAUCCUAAAGCGUGCAGCUUCGAGUCUCUGCUUGAUGCUUUCUUUGCCAGGCAUGAUCCCACCACGCUGAAUCGUCAGGGGAAUGAUGUUGGAACUCAAUACCGAUCUGGGAUAUACUACUACACUCCUGAACAAGAGAAGGCAGCAAGAGAAUCACUGGAAAAAUAUCAAAAACAAUUGAACAGGAAGAUUGUUACUGAAAUCCUGCCAGCGAAGAGGUUCUACCGCGCAGAAGAGUACCAUCAACAGUACCUUGCUAAAGGAGGCCGUUUUGGUUUUAAGCAAUCCACGGAGAAAGGAUGCAACGACCCCAUUCGAUGCUACGGCUAAAUAAUCUUGUCUAUUUCUGGAUUAGAGGUAAAUACUUGCUGGGAUGAUGCAAAGGUUUGUGCUUUUGUUGAAUCUAUGAAGAAGAACUAGCAUAUUGUGCUUAUUUGGAUAUAGUAAAUUGUCCAAUAUGUUUGCUGUAACUACUUUUUGAACGUAUAAAUAUUUGUGUAAGUAAACACUGUUUCUUGAUUUCAUUGUUCCUUGUCUUAGAUCUAGUUGUGGUGUGUAUCUGGCAAAUACCUGCGUUGCUUUAUACAGACAUCUGUCAUUCUACCAUUAUUAAUGCCUUUCUUCUGUACUGUA